UUGUUUAGGAGGGUUGUGGAGGAAUUGGGGAUGUGAGGGGUUGGGAGAGAGGGUAAUUGGAGGUCUAGGGUGGAUGAGAGGGAAGGGAGUACUACACACCAGACAAACCCUAAAUACAAAUAAAAACCCAAGCCCAAACCAUUUCACCAGCCUCCCCAAUCUCCACCCCAAACACCCCCAAUCCCCUCAUUCUCCCCUCCUGCACCCCCCAGUCAGCCAAAACUUCGCUCUCCACCGCCUCAUCACCCGAUUUUCUGAUUUCACCCGCAACAACCCCCUCAACCACCCCUAAACCCCAAAAUCCCCCAACCUCCAGUACUCCAAAUCCUCAAAUCUCCAAUACCCAGCUGUCCUCUACAACACAGACCUUCUCUCUCAGCCAAAUUCCUGACUCGUUCGCCCAGUCAAAGUGAGAGGGAAAGAAGAGACAUAGAGGAAGAGAGAGCGAAACCAAUGGUACAAAUUGAUUAAAAUGGCCCUCAGUUAGAAAAUCGACCCACCUCUCAGUGUUCCCAGCCAAGGGUAUUUUCAUGAAGGAGUUUAGGAGAUCCUCAGUUGACAUUGCAUUUUGAGCAAAAAGGAUCCCAAAAAAUCUGGAAGAUAAAGAAACUGACAAGUGAAGCCAAAAAGGAUUUGAUGGGACGAAGGAACCUCCGUUUAAGAUCUACUUUAAGAAAAAGGGAAAUAGGAUAUCGAGAGAGGUUGGGUCUAUGAUACUGAGAACUGGGUUUAAAGAGAAGAUAUAUUAAGAGGUCAGAAGAAGGUAUGGUUUUGAUAUU